UUGGCAUUUUCACCUAAUCGUUAUUGGCUUUGUGCAGCAGUUGGUCCCGUCGUUAAGAUUUGGGAUUUAGAAGAAAAGAAACCUGUUGAUGAACUAAAACUCGAUGUUUUAAGUAAUAAUAAGGCAGGUCCUGCUCAAUGUAUAUCGCUUGCUUGGUCGGCUGAUGGUCAAACACUCUAUGCUGGUUAUACGGAUAAUGUUAUCCGGAUUUGGCAGGUUUCCGUCGCACAAAUGCGAUAA